UCUGCCUGGUGCCCAGAUAAGGGGCUGAAGUGUCCUGUAUGCCUGCUGGAAUUCGAGGAACAGGAGGGGGUGAGGAAGAUGCCCUGCCAGCAUCUUUUCCACACAGGCUGUAUCCUUCCCUGGCUUGGAAAGACAAAUUCAUGCCCACUGUGCCGCCAUGAGCUGCCCACAGAUGAUGAGCAAUAUGAAGAGUACAAGGAGGACAAGGUUCGGAGGCAGCAGCAAGCACAACGACUGGAAUAUCUACAUGGCAUGAUGUACACAUGACCCCGCAGUGUUGCCAUCGUUGUCUGGUGCAAACAACAGGGACUUCUGCAGUGGCAAGGGACAGAUGCAGCUUUGGGGGGCAAGAAAAGCAGCACUUGGAAGGGACACCCUCUGCCCCUUCUCCUCAGGAGUAAACAUGCAAACAUUCUAAGUGCUUUUUCUUUCCCUAAGCCAGUCCCCAAACACACACAGCUCAGAGGUAUUAUUGAAUACCUAAUAAAUAAAUAAAGAUUACA